UUUCAGUUGUGUGGUGGAAUUCCUGUUGAAGAGUCUUUCAACUUGAUUGCUCUUGACCCAUCAAAUGAUUGUUGUUUUGGAAAUAUUGUUCGUCAUGCUGUUCCACUCAACCUAGAAAGUUAUGAUGAGAAUGGUCUUUUAUUCCAGGCAAGAGUCUUUCUGCGAUCCUAUGAUUGUGAAGUUCUUUGUGAAGGUGAUAAGUGUGCCGAUUGCGAGAUGAAGGGAAAAUUUAUGCAAAAAUCUUUCGAGAAGAAAGCCGCCAAAGAAGCUCAUCAAGUCCCAAUCCACCUGCAACGGGUUGUUUGUAAACAAUUAGAAGAACGAAUAAGUGAGCUGGAAAUUGAAAUAUAA